AUGGAGGCUGCACUUCUCUUUAAGCCUCAUGUUGUUGUGACAGUGGAUUCCAAGGGUUUUUCAUUCCGAUUCCUAAAGCAGUUAAGGGCUAGAUAUGAUCAGCAAGCAUUGGUUAGCCUUCCUCCAAACUUCCAUUAUGUUGCACCAUCAUUCUGGGCCUGGAAAGGGGGUGAAAAAAGACUCAAAACGCUAUCUGAGUUCAUAGACCACGUGUUCUGUAUCCUUCCAUUUGAGGAGGAAGUUUGCAAAGUGAAUGGACUAGCUGCAACCUUUGUGGGUCACCCCAUGCUGGAAGACGUUUGGGAGUUACAGUCGGUAUAG